ACAAAGCCACAGAAAGAUGAGAAGUGCCUUGCUCGUCCUUCUUUCCUGAAAGACGUGCUGCUACCCUUUAAUUUACAAGAUCAGCUCCUUUUCUUACAUCUUAUACGCUUUCAAGAUUUAUGUUUAACUUUUAAUUGAAACCUAGAUACUUCACAUUACAAGUGAAAGAAUGGGCUGUAUAAAGGGUAGUUUACUUUUGCUGCAGCUUGCUGUGUUCUUAUUGCAUUGCAUUUUACAAAGCACCUGCCAGGACCAGAGGAUAGCCAGUGGCCCAAAUGCUUUAUGGAGGCAGAGAGUGCAGUGGCAGAACAAUGGGAGAGUGUACAGCCUGCUGAGCCAGGGCUCUGAGUACCAGCCUUCCAGGAGGAGAGCUCCUGCAUCCAAUGCAUCUCAGAGCCGUUUGCUGCUUCUAAGCAGCAGGAAUAGCACAUCACCAGGAGACUCAGGGACACCACAAGUUUCCAGACCCGAACAACCCCAGACUGAAGUCCAACAAAGCACAAGCACACAUCAGGCUAGAGGAUCUGCUGGUCGACUCUGGUUCCAGGCUGGCAGAUCAAGAAGCCAAGGGGAGGAUGCUCCUGAAAGACAGAGAAACAGACAAGAAAGUGCUACAGAUGGGAGACAGGACUCAGCACAGCCAUCAAGUGCACAACAAUCCCAGAGAGUAAAUGCAACUGCAGGCAACAGAGCCAGGCUGGAUAUGAUGCAAGGAGAUGAUCCAUAUAACCCUUACAAAUACAGCGAUGACAAUCCCUAUUACAACUACUAUGACACCUAUGAUAGGCCAAGGCAAUCUGACAGACAGAGACCUGGCUAUGGUACCCGGUAUCAUCAGUAUGGUCUCCCAGACUUGGUUCCAGAUCCCUACUAUAUCCAGGCAUCCAUUUAUGUGCAGAAAAUGUCCAUGUACAGCCUGAGGUGCGCUGCUGAGGAGAACUGUUUGGCGAGCUCCGCCUACCGCUCCGAUGUCAAAGACUAUGACCAGAGGGUGCUUCUCCGGUUUCCCCAGAGAGUGAAGAAUCAAGGCACGGCUGACUUCAUGCCAAGCAGACCCCGCUAUUCCUGGGAAUGGCAUAGCUGCCAUCAGCACUAUCACAGUAUGGAUGAGUUCAGUCACUACGAUUUACUUGACGCAAGCUCACAUAGAAGAGUAGCGGAAGGCCAUAAAGCAAGUUUUUGCCUGGAAGAUACCUCUUGCGACUAUGGAUACUAUAGACGAUUUGCAUGCACUUCAUAUACGCAGGGACUGAGUCCUGGCUGUUAUGACACCUACAAUGCGGAUAUUGAUUGCCAAUGGAUUGACAUUACGGAUGUGAAGCCUGGGAAUUAUAUUUUAAAGGUGAGUGUGAAUCCAAGCUACAUAGUACCAGAAUCUGAUUACUCCAACAACGUUGUCCGCUGCGAUGUACGAUAUACUGGCAAUCAUGUAUAUACCUCCAGCUGUGCAAUUUCUCCUUAUUAACUGCAAUAGAGAUCAUUUCAAGAUUCAGUUUGUUCUGAAGUUCAGAUGUCGUUGGAUUCAAUUGGAUGUACACACAUUUCAUUGGAAGCAUAUGGACAUUGACAAGACAGUAACUGGAUUUUAAACAUGUGUAACCAAUCUACAAUAGCACUAGAUCAGUGAGUUAAAUCUCAUAUAUUUGGUUGAUGUGUGAACAAUUUUUCCACUUACAGGCAGUUAAUAUUCAGAAAUACAAGAAUGCAAAAAUCAAGCACAAUUACAUUUCGUCUGUACUGUAUGCUACUAGUGACCUGUACACUUAAAGACUUGGAGUCCUAACACUCAGCAUGACCAUGUUAAUAUGUAUUAUUGUGAAGAGCUGCCUAGAUAAAUAAUACUACACAUACAUACACAAUUGGAUCUUAAGAAUAAUAUGCUUUGUUUCAAAAAGGAUCACCAUGCAGAAAAUGUUACCAAUACAAAACCAGACUUAAAUUGGACUCAUCAGCUACUAUAAUGAAAGAAGUCAUGUUAUGGGCUGAAUGAAUACAGUGUAUAACUUGGGAACUGGUUAAAUAACAGAGGCAUAAAUAAUAAUAUUAAUACGCAAGUAGGAAAUGGCAAGAUCACAGGCAUUUGACAUCACAUGCCUGUGAUCUUGCCAUUUCCUACUUGCUUAUUAAUAUUAGUUCAGGCUACAAAAUGUCCACAAAUAAAUCCAAUAUAUUUCAAUAGGAGAGAUGUAUCAAACUUUCCAAAAAGAGAAGUUGUCCAUAGCAUCCAAUCAGAUUCUAGCUAGCAUUUAUCAAGUACUGUAUAUGCUAUAAAUGAUAGCUAGAUGUUGAUUGGUUGGUACAGGAAAUUUGUCCAUCUGUCUUCCUUAGAAGGUUUGACACAUUUCCCUCACAGGGGAAGAUUCAAAUGUCUGAAAAGUCGGUUGGGUGUCUGUUUUUUCCUGUCUAUUAGAUAGGAAAAAACAGACUCCCAACUGAUUUUUCAAACAUUUGAAUCUCCCCCACAUGAUCCUUAUAUAUGUACUUUACCUAUAAUGUACUAUAAACAUACCACAAGCGGACACUUUAACAAUGAAUCAUGUGGCACAUAUGAAUGGAGCCUUUGUCAAGGAAUGCAUGUAUUUCACAAUCAUAUGGUUUCAUUGAUGUUCGGCAAGUGGGUGGGGCUUAAUAAUUGGGUAAAUGAAGAUAGAAAAGUACAAAAGGUACUUACUACCUUUGGCAAAAUUACAAAAUGUAAUUAAAAUAUAAUAACAGUCUGACAUUAUACAAUACUAACUUCUCAAGUACUCUACAUGCCACUACUGCAUUGAAUGGACACUGCUGGUUCCAAAGUUCCUAUAGAAGUGCUUUUAAGCAGUUAAUGGUCACUCCAAAAAAGCAGAAAAAGCUAUUUAUUAUUGAGAUAUGAAGAGCCAUUCUUGCUAUAGACUAUGCUUUAGAAAUAGUUCUCCAUUUACAUAAAUGCCAUUGCUUCAUACUGGGUGGGUUUUAAAUGACUACAUGGACAAGCUAUUCCAUUCAUGGGGCAUUGGGCGAUGUCACAGAAUAGCAUAGCACAGCCACAAAGGACUUACUUGAGGAACAUGUUCCUAGGAAAAAGGCUGGCUGGGCCCUAGGCCGGCUUGCUGCCAGGAACUGAACUAGACAUUUACAGACUAGUAGUACAAAUGUACUAGAACCACAUUUUUGCUUUCAUUUUACUAAAUCUGAUAUGUCAAUAUUUGCUUUAGUUAAACACCUGAGUAUUACCAAAUGUACUCUAGCUUCAUAUAUUGUGUUUGCUCAAUUGCAUGUAGCACAGGGUAAUGCGUUUGUUUAGACAAAUUACGUUUACCCUCCAUUGCAAUCUAUGAGUCUAAUUAGGGAUUUGUGGUUUCUUUCGAAUUCACGAACUUCCUAUUACACAUUAAUAAGAUGGAUGCAGUAUGACAUCCUGAUGGACGGGAUACUGGCGGUCAGAAUACAGACAGCAGCAUCCCGACUAUCAAAAUUCCUACAGCCCACUAGACAGUACCCUAACCCUCCCUUGUGGGUGCCUAACCCUAACCUUCCCUGGUGGUGCCUAACCCUGACCCUCCCUUCCCCGCUGCCUACACCUACCCCUCCCCCCCGGUACCUAACACCCCUUCGAAUGCCUAACCCUAACCUACAUCCCCCAGCGGCAGGAAGCAUGACUGGGAUUCCGGGUGUCGUAUUUUGACACCGGCCUUAUGGUGUCAUUUCGGGAUUCUGGCGUCUGUAUUUCGACUGCCGGGAUCCCGUCCGGUGGCAUUUUAACUACAUCUCAAUAAGACUUGGUAGGAAAAAUGGAAAUUUUGAGACAGAGUGAUAAACCCCCAAUAAAUGUGCAUGAAAAUAGUGAACUCAUCACUUUAAAGUCCAACCCGUUUGCAUGGUUUAGCUUAAUCAAGCUUGUAAAUUGAUCAUGAGAGUGAAGGGGCACGGACACUGUCAUACACCUGUAAUAUACAAAAUGUUACCAGUUUCUUGUGCGCAAAAAAACCUCCUAUAAUGCAGCUAGUUAAGUAUAUCAGAGUAACGCAUCCGUAUUACUCAGGGGGAGUGAUUUGAA